AUGCCUUCGGACCGCAAAAUUGAACUAUACUCGCGUGAGUAUUUCUUGAGCUGUGCUUUGGGUGGAUUCAUUGCAUGUGCUCCAACCCAUUCGUUGGUUUUACCAUUGGAUUUAGUUAAGUGUAGACUUCAGGUUGACUCAUCUUUGUACAAGGGUAACUGGAGUGGUAUCAAAUCGAUCGUUAGAAACGAAGGUUUUUCCACUCUUUACACCGGUUUUGUUCCAACAUUCAUCGGUUAUGGUUUGCAAGGUACCUGUAAGUACGGAUUCUAUGAGCUCUUCAAGAAGAAGUUCAGUGACUUUACCGGAACUUCCGGUGUCGGUGUCUAUUUGGCUGCUUCUGCAGGUGCCGAGUUUUUGGCCGAUUUGGCCUUAUGUCCAUUUGAAGCUAUGAAGGUUAAAACACAAACUACUCUUCCUCCAGCUCUUCCAAAGGACUUGUACAAGAAUAUGUACUCCGGAUUGGUUCCAUUGUGGUUCAGACAAAUUCCUUAUACAAUGGUCAAAUUCACCACUUUUGAGAAAAUUGUCUCUUUGAUCUACUCUGGUUUGUCCAAGCCAAAGGAUGAGUAUACUAAAUUGCAGCAGACCGGUGUUUCUUUCCUCGGUGGUUACAUCGCUGGUAUUUUCUGUGCUAUUGUCUCUCAUCCUGCUGAUGUUAUGGUUUCUAAGGUUAACAAUGACACCAGACCAGGCGAGUCCAUUGGUACUGCUGUCAAGAGAAUCUAUAAGGUUAUUGGCUUUAACGGUCUCUGGAAUGGAUUGGGAGUCAGAAUCAUCAUGAUUGGUACCUUAACUGGAUGCCAAUGGUUGUUGUACGACUCCUUUAAGGUUUACUCUGGUUUCCCAACUACUGGUGAUUGA